GUAAUGGGAGUUGGGAUUCGCUCCCCGUCUCCCCAGCAGUCAGGGAAGGGGGCAGGGCUGGCGGGGGUGUGGAGGGGUACAGCGGCGCUGGCAGGGCAGUUUUAACUUGCAGGGUGGGGGGAGAGAAACCUGCGUGUUGGCUGUGGGGAGAGGGUCCUGAGGUUCCCCCAAACCCUGACCGUGCUUUCAAAAUUGGUCGCUUGGCACCACUGUGCGGGAGCCAGGCUCACUUUUACCGCCGCUGACGCUGUCAAAAACGCUGUGGCUUCAGCAGUAACAACCGCGAGCGAGCUCCUUCCGCCGGGCUGCCGGGUCAGCCGCUCAGUGAGAGAAAUUAAACGCUGUUAAUCCAUUAGCUUCAUCUUCCCCGCUUACGCGAGAGUGAAGAAGACUUGCUAAUUAAUUUGCAUACGAGGGAAUGAUCUCUGAAGGAAGGAAAAACCCCGUUGCACCUGCUCCGCCGAGACUUGUCAGCUGAAUCUGGAGGAGAGCUAUAAAUCAUGUAAAGUGUUCGCGGUGGAGUCGGCUUCUGAGAGCUGUAGGAUUAUGUAUCCAAAUGUUGAAUUUAUAUUUCCCAUUAGGAAAAGACUGAAACUCAGAUGCUUCAGAAACUUGCUGUGUGUUUACCACGCGUUCUACCAACCAGCUCGAGAGGGGACUUACCUCUUCUUUCAUUAGCUGAGCAUAUCAUUAUCUUGAAAUAACUAUUCCUCUACACAUGGCCUUCCUACUGGUGUCAGCUUAUCUUCUGCUGACUCAUACUCAGGGUGCUCCUGUUGAGAACGGAGCACUGUUGGAAACAUUGAAGUCGCAAGUAGGAUUAUUCAGCAAUAAAAGUGAACACUAUUUGGCACAGGUGAGACCUCCUGGAACAAGCCGACAAAUACCUCAGACAAUCAUCAUAGGUGUUCGUAAAGGAGGGACAAGGGCUUUGCUGGAAAUGUUGGAUAUUCAUCCUAAUAUUGUGGUGGCAGCUACAGAAGUCCACUUCUUUGACUGGGAUGAAAAUUAUGUGAAAGGAAUAGACUGGUAUAGAAGUCUGAUGCCAUUUUCUUAUGGAAAUCAAAUUACAAUUGAGAAAACACCAGGCUAUUUUACAUCACCACAGGCUCCAGGAAGAAUUCAUGACAUGAAUAGCUCCAUUAAACUGCUGCUCAUUCUAAGAGAUCCCACUGAGAGAGUUAUAUCUGACUAUACCCAAGUAUAUUACAACAGAGUAGAAAGCCACAAGCCUGUUCAGCUUUUCGAAGAUAUUGUUAUUAAGAAUGGAGCACUUAAUACCAAAUACAAAGCUAUUCAGAGAAGUCUAUAUGAUGUUCAUAUGGAAAAGUGGCUUAAGCAUUUCAGUUUGGAUCAAAUUCACAUUGUGGAUGGCAAUACUUUAAUCAAGGACCCUCUUCCUGAAUUACAAAAAGUUGAAAGAUUUCUAAAUCUUCCUUCCAGAAUUAUGUCUUCUAAUUUUUAUUUUAACCAAACCAAGGGAUUCUACUGCAUUAGAAGUGAUGGAAGGGAGAGAUGUUUACAUGAAUCCAAAGGGCGUCCGCAUCCUCUUGUUAACAACACUGUUUUAGAGCAACUGUAUUCUUACUUCAGAGAGCACAAUGCAAAAUUUUACAGGAUGGUUAAUCAUUCCUUUGACUGGCAUUAAUGCAUUUGGAAUCAAUGUUUCUUUAAAAGGGCCUACAACAAACUGUUUCAAACAUAUCUUUCUAAACUGCAGAGAUUCGUACUAUGAGAACAUACUGGUAGCGUGCUUCAUGGGAAUAACAUUAGCUCACUGAAAUGGUACCCUUUAGGCUGGGGAAGCAGAAGUUUCACAUUUGUGUGAUUACUGUGAGCCAUAGUCUGACCCUCUUUUCAUCAUGCAAAUAUAUUGACUUCAGCAGACUUUUUUCAGAUACACAUCUAUUACAAAAUUUGUGCUGUAUAGGAAAAAUGACUGCUUCUAACCAUGUAAAAAUGUAAAUAUUUGAAAUGGUAUUAUUCUGUUAUGUAUUUUUUUGUUCUUAGUAUUUUUUAUAUCACGUACAAUUGAUAGAGGUGUUGAUUUCUAGAAUUUUUCAUACAGUAAAUUAAAUUUUAUGUUAAAACAAGGGCAUACAUAGUAGCUCUAAUAAAUAAUUCAUCCCCUGUUAAUGUUAAACUAAUCCAUUAUUAAUAAAAGGAAUCUAUUUCACCUGUGAUUUUGAAUAGGUGAAGUAGAAGCUCCCUGUCUGUGGAUCAUUAGUAUUAAACUACAGUUAUUAUCUUGGAUUUGGAAAAUAAAUAAAUAAAUGAUUCUCCAGACAAAGUAAGAAUAUGAACUGUCUGAAGAAGUUUAAGGUGAGAGUUCUGAAUGUAAAGAAAUUAAAAUAUCAACACCAACUUAUACUGUUAUUCUGUACACUAAAAAAAAAACCAACAACAAAAACA